CCGUGCGUCCUUGUUGUUUUCCCUCUUUCACCCAUAUUCCCCCGAUAACGAGAACGACGACUGCAUUUAUGCGAGCCCAUCCCUGUGAUGCACGACUAUGACUACUCAAGAAGCUCGUCAAGCUCAGCCAUCAGCAAGAACGGUAACGGCACCACAAUUACAUCCCAUCACAGUUCGCCCCGCGCUUCCUCUUCUUCCCCCCGUGUUUCUGCCUCGACGACGACCAAGCAAAUAUUCUCUCCCGACGACCCUACGCUUAGGUGUAUAUGUGAGCUGCCGCACGAUGAUGGGUUCGGGUUCAGUAUUGGUUGCGAGGACUGCUUGAGAUGGUGCCAUGCCGCAUGCUUUGGGAUUUACGCCGGAGUCAACGAGCCCGAUGAGUGGCGUUGCUGGGUAUGCAAGGGAGAAGGCGGGAGCAGAUGCCGAGGCGACGAGGUAGACGAAGAAGAAGAACGGCAGACAUACGUUCGUAUAGAGCAGGAUAUUCUGCGGCUGCAUUCCCCCAACCAUUCGCCUACGCCACAUUCAAGUCCCCCAGCAGCGCCGGACCCCCACCUUACAUACCUGUUGCAUUUACCUUCCCCGCCUGAUUCCGUCCUUCCACCGACAUAUACGUUGCAUACCGCCCAGCACGUCAGUCCAGGAACAUUUCUUAUAUCUUAUCUCUCAGUGGUCACCAGUGCCCGGUCCUACGUGGAGGAUCCACUAAACGGGUACGCGUAUGCUCGAGUCCCGAGAGUAUUUGUUCAUCUCAUUCCUUCUCAUGAUCACUCCGACGAUUGUGGUGUGGCCCUCGAUGCGCGGCUUGCUGGCAAUGCCGCUCGGUGGAUUCGUUCUGGGUGUUAUCCCAAUGCCGAAAUACAUGCAAGUGAAGACGGUGGUUGGGGCGUAUAUGCUAUGCAAGAGCUGAGUGCCGGGGAUGAGAUAGUCCUAGGAUGGGAAUGGGAUGAUGCUCAUCCCAUUCAUGGCGGCGAAGAGGGGAAAGUCGAAGCUGUCGACGCUCUGGAGGGAGCGUUCAUGACUUGCGCAUGCGACGGUAGAAUGGGCUGUGCACUCGAGGCGAUGCGCAGGGGCGAUUGGAAGGCUGGCAACCUAGGUCCGCUCGUCGGGAAACAGAGAGGAUUCAAGACCAGGGCCAGGGAGCGGGGUGGCGUCGAGAUUGUGCCAGGGAAGGGAAAGCAGAAGCAGAAGGAGCUGAGGGAGGUUUCACUCGCAGAGAAAAGGACAGGGCAAGAAGGGGUAGUACCACCCAAGAUGAGGAAAGGCCAAGCACGCAAGCCAACGUCGCCGUCGCCCUUAAGCCCAACAGACGCUUUCGCAAAGCUGUCAUUAACGUCUCCCGUGUUUAGGGGUGACGAUUCGACGACGUUAUCUUCGGCCCACGAUUCCCUGCCGACUUUAUCAGUACCGGCGCUUUCGAGGAGAAGGCCAAAAUCGCCUGGUUUGACGUCGGACAUGUUGGGUGCAGAGACAUUUGAAAGCAUGUCUGUCGAUUCUCCCCCAACGGUACGCAGCUCCUCGAAUACUCCCAUGUCCGAUGGUCCUGUGCGGCCCCCUUUGCCCAAGCGAAGAUCGCGCAAACAGUCGCAAUCACCUUCACUUGUUCAAAUUGAUGACAGUCCCCAACCACAAAGGGUCGACAACGGCCGCUCUGUACUCGCAGAAGCUCCUCGACGACCUUCGUUGCCCAAACGACAGCCGCGAGCGAAAGAAUCUCCUGAUUCCACACCAGAUACCCCACCUCUAGAAACGCCUGAGGGGAUGACAGUUGAUUUGCCACUGCCAACGCCUAAUAUCCCGGUAGUGGAGCCAACUGUCAUGAGUCCUGGAAAGAAAAGGAAGGAACCGGAUACGGAGCCACUGGCGCGUCUUACAUCGCCGUCGCCUGUGAUGAGGACCCCCUCACCUGAUAUCCCCGGCUUGUUCCUUGUAUCACCCAAGACGCCGCCAUCACACAACUCUCCCGCUUCAUUCCCAUUGCCGGCUUCUCCAACGGUCAGGUCUCAGUUAUUCUCCUCCCAUUCUCCUCCGUCCCCGCCAUCACCUCCACCAAUCGUUUCAAAAUCACUGUCCCCAAUGAAAUCCGAGCCAAACCCCAGCUCGCCACAGAAACGUCGGAAGAUGACGCUGGAUGAUUGGAAGAAGGAGCGAGAGAAGAAGAAAGUGGGGGAGAGGGAUGGGCCAACACCUGUUGUGAUUAAGCAAGAAGAGGAGGAGCCGUCACUAAGAACGAUGUCUACACCGAUACCGAUACCAGUUCCCAGGGCCCCACGUGCGAUGACCAUUCCAGGGGCGCCGCGGGCCCCAAGAGCGAUGAUGGGCGGGUGGGGGUGCUAGGAUUUUUUAUAUUUUUUUUUGGCUUUGAACAGCUUUCGUAGUCGAAUAAUUUAUGUGCUAUUUUUUGUUGUAACCGGUAUGUACCUCGGUGUGUAUGUAUGUAAUCGCUUAUGUACUAGAUUUGAUGUUCCCUCAAAA